CAGGCGACAGCUUUUUAACAUACCUUUGUAACGCCCCUUUUGACUAAUUUGAAUUUGACAUUUUUGACACUUCCAGCAGGAGCGAAUGAGAGAAUCACAACAAAAUGCGCUCAGGCUCGUUUCAAAACACAACAAAACACAGAUGUUCGCAUGGGGAGCUAACAGUCAUGCCCAGCUAGGUUUGGGCUAUGUGUCGGAACAGUGCGAUAAACCGCAACCAUUGACCGGCCUGGUACCGUUCCGUGGUGCGGAUGAAAUUGGGAGCGUAGCAGCCGGCGGAGGUCACACGCUGAUAGGAACGACCGAUGGCAGGUUGUAUGCUGCCGGGUGGAACAACCGGGGCCAGCUAGGCACGGGCCAUUUGAACGAUUGUGUUCACUUUCAACGGGUCGGCGAGUACGGGUUCCGUCAGCUGUUCGCCGGAUGGGAUGUUUCGGCUGGGAUCAAUGCGGACGGUGAUCUGUUCGUAUGGGGAUCGAACGUUUGGCAGCAGCUGGCGGAACUGGGCGUGAAACAUGUACCCACACCAACACGGCUCAUUCUACCGGAGCAAGGCCGUGUUGCGAAAGUCGCGUUCGGGUUGCAGUAUAUGGCUGUGCUGAUGGAAAGUGGGAAGGUAUGGGUGUUGGGCAAAUGUAAAUUUCUAGCAAACGAUUAUCCACUGGAACCGGCCACGAAACUAACGAUUCGAUGCAUAUCGGAUAAAGCACCGGUGCGGGACGUGGUUAGUGGAGACAAUCGCUUAGUUAUGCUGAUUGGCGAUCGGCGAAUAAAUUGCCUUGGCGAUGAAAAACACGGCCAGUGCCUGGAGGAGCAAACGCUGCCGGAAGACGUUAUAAAGCUAGAGUCGGGAUGGACCCAUUCCGGAUGUCUUACCACCAACGGGACGGUUUACCUGUGGGGGAGAAACAAUUACGGACAGCUCGGAAUGCCGGGAGAGCACUUUUCGAUGCAUCCACAAAAACUUCGACUAGAAACGGGCGAUAUGGUGGUGCAGGACGUAAGCUUAGGGUCGCAGCAUGGUGCUGCGCUCACGAAAGAUGGAAGAGUGAUUUGUUGGGGCUGGAACGAGCAUGGUAACUGCGGCACGGGAGGAACAGAAAAUGUAUGGUUUCCAAUGGUAAUAGAUCUGCCCCAGGCCGUAUCGAAAGUGGUUUGUGGUGCUGGUUUUACGAUGGCAUUCACGUAACAGGCACAAGCACAUCAUUCAUUCUUCAUUUGCUAGCCUCGUUCAAGGCACGAGACAGUUUAUGGACGUACCAUUUAGAACCUGAACCCUGAAGAAGAACACGCGGAAAGUGUACACGGGCAUUGAAAAUGAAAGUAAUAAAUGGAACGUACCGAAAUGUUCCGAAAUAACCCACAAUUAGCAGCAGCACAAUAUUCGAGCAGGGUGAGAAGAAUAGGUUCCCUAAUAACCCAUGGAACGCCUAUCGUUUUUGGUUCAGCCGGACCCGGAUAGUGUCGCAGCAGCAGCUUGAACGGAGUGAACUUCGGCCAUUACCGUUUUAUGACAGCCACGCACACUGUAUGUUAAGGAAAUUUAGAAAAAGGCACACAAUAGGCAGAAGAAAAGCCAAUAUAGCAAAUAUUUGGAGAUUUGUUGAUCACCCAAAAAUGGCUGAACGAGGCUGUGAGCUGUGUGUUGUACCCGGAGUGUGGUAAUUUUUGCCAAAAAAAAGAACAACAACGGACACGCCUAAGAAGCAUGGAUUUCCAUUACCUUUGGCAGUAGAAGUUAGAUAACUCCUUUUUUCCUUCCAAGUUGUUGGAAAAUCUACCUCCAACUCCGGGUUUUUGUACCUCGGGCUGGCUCGCUGUAACCUGUGCUGAAUUUUUGCAACCGGGUAGCACAGGUAGACCGGCUGGAGUUUCUUAUAAUAGGCAACGUUUAGCUGGUCCAGAGCAACAUUCGACUUGUGAUCGUUCUGCGAGCAGCAUCUCCGCACUCCAUUCUCCGUUUCGCUGACUAGAUGGGCCUAGGAAGCAGUGUGGAAGCAGCCUUACCAACGUGUAAUAUAAAGCCAAGUUCCGUGCCCGUUACCUCACUACAGCAGCAUCACCAACGUCCGUCUGAAGCAGGUCCCUGUAACACGGCGAAAGGUGCAGCAAGUGAUCGUCUUCAGUCAGACAUAACCAUGACCAAUGGCACGCUGUUUCAACCUCAGUACACGGAAGUGUUUCCCAGCGGGAUGGCGAUGAGCACGGCACCGAUCGGCAGCGGAUACGUAGAGUACAGUACGGCGCACAGCCACAACUGGCAGAGUAUGGAAGCAUCCGGAGGUCUAACGGCACAGCGCCAGUCUCGUUCCCGCCAUCGGCAGUUGAUCGAUUCGCGGCUCAAUAAUUCGUUCGUCGACGGAGAAGCGAUGGUAACGUCGGCUGACGCAUGCAUCAGCGAUAUUCGCCGAGUGGAGGAAAACCUUCGUAUGGAGAGCCGGAUGCUGAGCGAGAACAACAAUAUCCCGAUGGCACGCUGCUCAACACCGAGUCCGGCCUACUGCUUCCACUGUGAUCAUGGCCAUCGGGAACGUUGCUGUCUGUACGUGGGUGACACACCGGACGAUGGGCCGUACUAUUCCCGGUGGAUGCGCGAUCUGGAGAAUCCCACCGUGAGACCUCAGUACAUCCCGAAGAUCCCGGAAGCGGUGUCGGGCAACAGUACACCGUUCUGGUUCCCGGCCUACACGUACACCAAGCCGGGAGCGAUCAAGCAGAAAAUGUUGGAGAAGAAUCCACCGCCGCCGGCAGUCUGGAUGCGUCAGUUCUAUUAUCCGAUCGUGGGGUAUGGGCACGAGUAUCAGCUCAUGAAUCAGGCCACACUGGAACGACCCACUCCGUACCAGCAGUAUCUCCAGCAGCACCAGCAAGAUGUCUACCGGAUGUAUCACCAUCAGCAGCAGCAGCAGCAGCAACCCGCAUGUCGACAUGGACGCAAGUGUGAUGGUUGUCCGGGAAAUCUUGGAGUGCCUACGGGGACUCCGUACGUCCAGCAGCACUUCCAUCCACAACCGAACCCACAGGUAGCUGCAGACUACGCCCAGCAACAGCAGCAGCAGCAGCAGAUGCAUCAUCCAUCCGCUUACUACUACCAACAGAGCAGCUACUACAGCAACGGCCAUCAUCCUGCUCCUCAUCAGCAACACUACGCCACACCGCUUGGCUACGCACCGGUUCCAGUGUAUCACGACGCUUACCUUCAUCCAGCGCACGGCUACACCCUCAGCUAUCAACCGGUCGCCACCAUUCCACCCCGGGAACCAACGCCACCCUCCCCAACCACACCAACCUCCACACCACUGUGGCUGCUGUUCUGCCAGAAGCUGUCCCGCAAGUUCCCCGAUCGCAGCAAAAAACCGUCCCCAACCAAAGGACGUUCGCCGGGCAAAAACUUCGUCCAUCAUCACGUCCGGCACAAUCCGACAACGGUUCCACCGCAACCUGCCACCACCACCAUCUCUCCGGCCGUAAGCGUACCCGAUUACUAUCCACCGAAGUACGCCAGCAUCGAUCCGCACAUGCAGUUCCCGAGCAUGGCACCACCGGUACCGAGCUACGGACGUUCGGUGACGGUGGGACAAACGGUGAUAUCACAUCCACCGUACUACGGACAGGUACCUUCGCCGGCCGUAACACCGAUGAACGAUGUGGGCCUGUACUACUUGGCCCAGACGGCCGUCAAUCUUUAGGCGAUAGCUAGAUACAGGGGGAUUAUCGGGGUCUUUAGGAUUAUCAUUGACAAAGAGCUAGACGCUUUUUCUGAUCAUGUUUUAAGUACUAUCGGGGAGGGAAUGCCAUAAAAAGAUAAUGUGAUAACUGGACGAUAAUUUAAUGUGAAGUUGUAGAAUAAAUUGAAAAGAUGAAAAGAAACCCAGUAAAAAGCCUCUUUAAGACUUGCA